AUGCGUAUCAGUUUUGUGUUAUAUUGGUGCGUAUUUGCUGUUCAUCUGUGUAAUGGUGAAGGCGGGGAGAGAACAGAAGCGAGAGAUGGCGCGAGAAGAGGGAACUGGGGUCCAAUCUCUAGAAGCAGUUCUUUUAUGAGUGACGCAGCGGCUGCAGCGAAUAGUGAACUCAUAUUGGCGUGCAAUAACGAGCCAUCAUGCCUCCAAGAUCAUGCCGGUUUGGAAGCGAUCACUCAGCUGCACCGCCAGCUGGAUGAUGAUGCCAAUGGAAACGUGGACCUUAGUGAGAGUGAUGAUUUUCUUCGCGAAGAGCUGCAAUAUGACAGUGGGUACGAAAAGCGACAGCGCGCCUUCCACCACAACGAUGACAUGCACAUUUCCGUCAAAGAGCUGUGGGAAGCCUGGCUCCGCUCUGAGGUUCGCAACUGGACAGUGGAACAAACGGUAGAAUGGUUGUCAGAAUCGGUUGAUCUGCCUCAGUACAAAUCGCUGUUUCUCCAACAUCGAGUUGUCGGUGCUACUUUGCCGAGGUUGGCCGUAAACAACAUGCAAUAUUUAAGCAACGUGCUGGGUAUCAAAGACCCGAUACAUAAACAGAAGUUAGCACUAAAGGCCAUGGAUGUAGUGCUCUUUGGGCCCCCUAAAGAAGGCAGUCGAUGGAAGGACUGGUUACUCGCGUCUCUUCUACUCGGCGCCGUGGUGGGAAGUUGGACGGCCCUCCGCGCUGGUCGAGCCAGUAGAGUCCAAGUGCAAAGGAUGCUCAGGGAUAUGGAACAGCUGCGGAAGGCCGAAAUGGCGCUGGACGAUAUGCAGAAGGAACUUGAGAAGGCUCGGUUAGAGCAGGAAAAUGUAACAACAGAGAAGAAGAAUUUGGAAAAGAAGUUAAAGGAAGCAGGAGACACACCCUUACUCAACUCCGCCUCAUCCGACCUUGAAGUAUCGCAACUCAAAGCUGAAAUCGAGAUGCUUCGAGCAGAAUUACGUCGGGCCGAGGGCGAAUUGGAAGACAGGUGCUGGGCGCCACCAGCCGGCUUGCAGCAGUGGCUGCAGUUGACGCACGAAGUGGAGAACAGGUCUUAUCUGAGAAAGAAACAGCAGGCAGACUUACAAUUACAGCAAGCUAGAGAAGCGUGUGAGAAAUUACGCAAGAAAAGGUCAAGUCUGGUCGGUGCGUUUGUGUCCACUCACGGGAAGUCGAUAGAUGACGUUGACAGGUCAAUAGUGGAAGCGCGCACUGCACUCAAUGAGGUCACACAAGAGUUACAGGAAAGAAUGCACCGUUGGAAGCAAAUCGAACGACUAUGCGGAUUCAACAUUAUCAACAACAAUGGCUUGCAAUUCCUAGAGAGCACCCUGUACCGCACAGCUAACGGCAGACAGCCAAAUAGAGGCCGUAUUAAUAGUUCCCAAGAUGACUUGAGCGCAGGCGACGACACUUCAUUAUGUGGUUCAGUCUCAGACAAUUUCGGUUGGAAGGAAGAUUCAUCAGGCAGUGAAGCAGAUGCGCCACAUUAUCCUCUGGAUUUGAGACUCGCUGAAGCCAGAUUACAACUCGAAGAGCGUUUAGCACAAGAAGCUCGAGAAGGGCGGUUGGAAGACAGAAGAGAAGAAAGAAGACUAGCAGAGGAGGGGAGAAGGAGUUACAAUGAUGUCAGAAAGAGCCCGGAUGAGAGGCGGAAGGAUCCAGUUCAAUUUGUUCUCGGCGGAGAUAACGUUAACUGGACUGGCGAAGACCUAACCCGAGCAGUGCACUCGCAAUCACAGCCGCAACUUCGGGCUUCCAUGCGUAGUAUCGCUGCACCCAUGCCACCCCCUCGCAGGCCGUUUACGGGACAGAUCGUGCGCUCGCGCAGUACAGAUAUUGUGCCCUACAAUCCUGAGGAGCCGAGACCACCGCCUAGACCUUUCACACGACAGAAGGCACUCGCCGAAGCCACGGAACAGCCAGAACCGAUCGCAAGCACACCCCCCGCUGAAGAAGAGUCCACCGACUCGUCCCUCAUGGAAGACGAAAGUGUACCAAAACCCAGAAAGCGCCGAAUUAACCUCCCAUUCGGCAAGAAAGCUAAGACUCCCGCGUGA